GGACGGCUUCCACGCGGCCGCGCCCGGCUUAUGCGCUCCUGGUAUGCGCGGCGGCGUCGACUGGAUGAGGAAACUCGCUUUCAGAUACAGAAAGAUAAAAGAUACAUAUAAUAAUUAUAGAAAUAGUGUGGGAGGUCUGCUGGGUCCAGCUAAGAGAGAGCAGUGGCUGCAGCUGCGCGCGGAGCUGGAACAGGCCACUGACAACUGGCUUACACUGGCAUGCAAGUGCCUUAACAUGAUCAAUUCCAGAGAGAACUGCGUGAAUGUGCUGGUAACAACAACCCAGCUGGUGCCAGCGCUGGCUAAAGUGUUGCUGUUUGGCCUCGGCGGAGUCUUCCCUAUAGAGAAUAUAUACUCCGCUACUAAAACAGGCAAAGAGAAUUGCUUCGAC